GUACUGACCUGUCAAAGUACGCCAAGUACACACAUUUUCAUGUACUCAUAUCUUUUAAACUAUUGGUUUCCUGGACUUUUAACUUGCAUUUUCGAAUGUUUCAGGUCAAAAACUAUAAGAUUUGAUACUUUUCAUCCAGAAAUUUUUGGUCCCCCAAGACGAAGUUCAGCCAAGCAAAAUGUUGCAAAGCGGAUGGAAUAUAUUUCCUCUGAAUUGAAACAAGUGGAAGAAUUAAUAACUACCUUAGAUAAGAAACAAGAUACGCAUCGUGAAACAUUAGAAAAAUAUCAACACAUGUUUCAACAGGCUCAAUUAAAAGCAUCCCUUUCUCAACCAAAGGCAUAAUUUCACAUAUGAAAUAUAAAGGGUCUACAUAACAAGGUUUUAUAAUCUUCUGUAAUAAAGAUCAUGUAACCUUGAACAUCUUUAAAUCUCAUGUUUUAUUAUAUUUAUUAAUAAAGUCUGAUCAAAGUUUU